CCCCGGCCGCCGCCGAGUGACAGACCUGCGCAUGCGCACUGCUGAAAAUCCGGUCAGGAAAGCACUUCCAGGGCAGGCUACAUGUGAGGCUGUGGAGAGGUCACCCGGACACAGCUGCUUCGCCAUGUCUUCCCUGUCAAGUUACGCCAUCCGAAUGUCUCGUCUCAGCGCCAGGAUCUUCGGAGACGUAGUUAGGCCUACAAAUACUUACUCAAUGAAGGUAGUGAAACUUUUCAGUGAACAACCCCUGGCAAAAAGGAAGGAGGUCUACGACUGGUACCCUGCGCACGAUGUCUACGCGCCACUCAUGCGCAAUCUGAGAUUUCUUGGGCUUUACAGGGAUGAACACGAGGACUUCAAAGAAGAAAUGAAGCGCUUGAGACGACUGCGUGGUAAAGGAACGCCCAAGAAGGGUGAAGGCAAGAGGGCAAAGAAGAAAUAGGCUGCACACGACUCAGAUGCUGCAGUGACUGAAACUUAAAGGGGCGGUACUGAAUGUACAUAUAGCCAUGAAGCCGAGCUGAACGGAGUACACAAAGCCUUUAGGUGGACGAGGCGGUGUAAUAUUGUACAGAUGUCACUUUUCUGGGCGUCCUCGUGGGGUGAAAAAUAAAUAAAACCAUAUUUGAAUAUU